CUCUUCCGUUGCUUUAUUUUUUUUAUUAUAUAAAAACUUAAUCCUACGCCAUCUACCACCUUCUCCUUCUCUCAUUAUAAUUAAAACCCUCUCUUCUCUUCCUUCUUCCUCUCUAUUCUCACCCAAACAAACCGCCUCCACUCUGUUUUACUCUGUUUUUCUGUUUUUCAUGGCUAUUGUUAAUCAAGAAUCCUCCAUUCGUAAAAUCAAACCCAAUAAUCGUCGAAUAAUGGGUGCUGGUGGACCUGAAGAUGAAGACUUUACUCGCUGGCCGCCAUGGUUGAAACCUUUGCUUCGUGAGAAAUUCUUCAUUCAAUGUGAAAUUCAUGCCGAUUCUCAUAAAAGUGAAUGUAAUAUGUACUGUUUGGACUGUAUGAAUGGUGCUCUUUGCUCCCUUUGUCUUGCUCAUCACCAAGAACAUCGUGCUAUUCAGAUUCGUAGAUCAUCAUACCAUGAUGUGAUAAGGGUAUCUGAAAUUCAGAAAGUGCUUGAUAUAAAUGGAGUACAGACCUAUAUAAUCAAUAGUGCUAGGGUUGUUUUCCUUAAUGAAAGGCCUCAGCCUAGGCCUGGUAAAGGUGUCACCAACACUUGUGAAGUUUGUGAACGCAGUCUUCUUGAUUCCUUCCGUUUUUGCUCUCUUGGUUGCAAGAUUGUUGGGACAUCAAAGAAUUUUAGCAAAAAGAAGAAAAUGAGGCGGGGUUUGGAUGGUUCGGAUUCUGAGGACUCGUAUAGCUCAACCAGCACAACCACCACGACAAGCCAACACCACCACCACGGAAGGAAUGAUAAGGAGAUGCAAAGUUUUAGUCCAUCAACACCCCCUCCAACAUCAGCUAAUAAUAGGACGGCCAAGAGAAGAAAGGGCACUCCACAUAGAGCCCCUUUUGGUGGAGUCAUACAGUAUUGAAAUUAGCUCUAUUGAAGUCCUUAGUCACUAAGAUAAUUGCUCUAAACACCUUUUUUUUUUUAUAUAUAUUAUAAAACUAGUUUUGUCAUGGCGUCCACAUUCCUAACUCUUGUGCUUUUUGGCCCCAAACAUAAAAGCCAGUGUUAGGUGAUCUAAUGUCAUCUUCCAUAUGUAUAUAGGUAUGAAAUGAUGCAAUAGAAAGUUGAGAAAUAUAUGGUUAGAAAUGCAAAUAAGAAAAAAAAAAAAAAAGUCAAAAACUUGUGUUGGCAAAAAAAAGUUGGUGGUAAUAAAAGUUUGGGAAAUUGUACUUAAAACUAUAGGUAUUGCAAAUAUUAUGUUUUUCUAA